AUGGCUGCACUGAGUUGUCUUUUGGACAGCGUUAGAAGGGACAUAAAGAAGGUGGAUAGAGAACUCAGGCAACUGAGAUGCAUCGACGAACUUAGCACGCGUUGCCUGUGCGACCUGUACAUGCAUCCGUACUGCUGUUGUGACUUGCACCCGUACCCCUACUGCCUGUGCUAUUCCAAGAGGUCCCGUUCCUGUGGCCUGUGUGACAUCUACCCUUGCUGCCUGUGUGACUACAAGCUUUACUGUCUUCGACCAUCUCUCAGAAGUUUGGAGAGGAAAGCCAUUAGAGCCAUAGAGGAUGAAAAGAGAGAGCUUGCCAAACUGAGAAGAACCACAAAUAGGAUCCUGGCCUCCUCUUGCUGUAGCAGUAACAUUUUAGGAUCGGUGAACGUGUGCGGCUUUGAACCUGACCAAGUCAAAGUACGAGUGAAGGACGGAAAGGUGUGCGUGUCGGCCGAGCGGGAGAACAGGUACGACUGCCUUGGGUCGAAAAAGUACAGCUACAUGAACAUCUGCAAGGAGUUCAGCUUGCCGCCGUGCGUGGACGAGAAGGACGUGACGUACUCGUACGGGCUGGGCAGCUGCGUGAAGAUCGAGUCGCCGUGCUACCCAUGCACUUCUCCCUGCAACCCCUGCAGCCCCUGCAGCCCUUGCAACCCCUGUAACCCCUGUAGCCCCUGUAGCCCCUGCAGCCCCUGCGACCCCUGCAGCCCCUGCUACCCCUGCGGGAGCCGAUAUUCCUGUAGGAAGAUGAUUCUGUAA